AUGGGAAACUGUUAUACUCUCUGUAGACCCGUCCGAAGAUCGUCCACUGGGCUUGACAAAGUUCUACGGAUUGUGAAAUCAGACGGAAAGAUCCUAGAGUACAGAGCGCCGAUCCUGGUCAGGGAUGUCUUAGCGACUUUUGCCGACGAUUAUGGAGAAAUAUUGGGCAUCUCAAAAGAAGUCUCAUCAAAACCUGAUCAGUCUCUCCCUCCUGGUUAUGAGUUGAAGAUUGGGCAUGUGUAUUAUCUUUUUCCUUCAUCCGCUGCUGCUGCUACUACCUUUCCACCCAUCUGUGAUCAAAAGAGGCAGAUAAAAAUUUGUAUAACAAAGAAGCAGCUGCAAGAGUUGCUCUCGAAAACGGUGACGAUGGAGGAGCUACUCUCAAACUCUACAGGACUUGAUGAUGAUCAGAAAGUGGUAUGGGAAGGUGUUGAUUCUUUCACAAGCUGCUGGAGGCCCAAGCUGGAAACUAUCCUCGAGGGGUGCGAGUAA